AUGGCUAGAUAUGGUUUUACUAUCAAGUCUAAAGUGACAGAGGCGUUUAUUGAUGGCCGAUGGGAAUGGCCGGAUGAUUGGAGAAGUUUAGAGACUCAUGACCAUUUGUUCUUCGAAUGUGCAUAUUCGAAGUCAGUUUGGCAUAAGGUCAGGCAUAAAGUUGAUAUGAAUUCGAUUCAAGAUUCAUGGGAGGAUAUCUCAGCUUGGUUGAUUGCUAAAGCCAAAUCGAAGUCGGUGUACUCGGUUGCAAGUAGAUUGGUGGUGGCAGCCGCAGCUUAUGUCAUAUGGAAUGAACGUAAUGCUAGAUUUUUCAGUAAUCGUCUGAGACCGCCAGAACAGCUGGCUGAUUCAAUCAUUAGCACGGUUAGAACAAAAUUAAUCUCUUUCAGGUACAAGCAAACUUCAAAUGUCGAUAGAUUUUUGGAAGAGUGGAAGAUGGAUAAAGAAGACUUCGUGGAUGAAGACUGA